UCAGAUUACCGUAAUAAUUUUCAAUAUGAAGCUAUUAAGCGGGUUAAGAACCGCCAUGAACUUUGUAACUCCCAAGCAGUACUCAGUUUCCAAUCAGUCCCAUUUCAUUAUUAACACUAAAACUAUAAAUCAGCUGGUCAAGUUCUUUCCUCCACUAUCUGGGACAGAAAAGGUUUUAGAUUUUGGUUGUGGUACAGGAGAAACCACAUUAGCUAUGGCUGAAGGAAGGUUUGGUGAGCUGGGUAAUCCUGGAAGAGUUAUAGGAGUCGAUAUCUCACAGGAUAUGAUUGAAUACUGCAAAUCAAAAUACAAUCUUGAUAAAUUGGAGUUUUUGCAGCUUGACACAGAGACAAACCAAACGAAGAUUUUUUGCAACCAGUAUAGGGGAACCUUUGACCUUGUCACCUCAUUUAACUGCCUUCACUGGGUCACAAACCAGCCGGAUACAGUCUCAUUCUUUAAUUCAAUACUAAAGAAGAAUGGACUCUUUAUCUUCCUAGUUGUAUCUUCGCAAAGUUUAAAGAAUAAUCCCCAUCGCAGUACGUUUGAAGAAAUGAAGAAAGAAGGUGAAUGGGCUAAUAUUCUGAAGAACACAAGCUGGCCGUGUCAUAAUAUCCUCCAAGUAAACUCUGACUGGAUGAGUAACCGAGAUACAGACGGAUCAGGUUAAAUAAAAUAUCACAAAGAUGUAUCUUCUAUAUAAUAAAACAAGACACUAAGUA